CGGUAACCCUGUGGUAAAUACUCUCUACGAGAGAUCUGAACAGAAUUUCUGUGUCGCACGAAGUGUACAGCAUCGUCCUGUAGAACUUAUCAAAAUGUCUGAAGAACCUAAGAAAAGCCGUGUUGUAAUCGCUGUUGAUGGUAGUGAGCACAGUGAUCGCGCUUUUGACUUUUACUCCAAAAGUAUGCACAGAAAAGAUGAUGAAGUUUUACUGAUUCAUGCUAAUGACUUUGCUGAUCGACACACACAGGAACACCACCAUAAUGUAGCUACAGUCGAGAGUUUGGAUAGAUGGCUGGAGAGAUGUACAAAAGAAUCUAAGAAACUGCUGUCUAGCUUUGAGAAAAAAUGCAAGGAGAAUAAGUUCAAUUGCAAACUUUUCACCAAAAUUGGUAAACCAGGAGAAGUCAUUUGUGAAUUCAUGGAGGAAAAAAAUGCAGACCAGAUAGUGCUAGGGUGCCGUGGGCAAGACACAUUACGGCGCACAUUGAUGGGAAGUGUAAGCGAUUACUGCAUACGUCAUGCAACCAAACCUGUCACUGUGGUCCCUCCUCCUAAUCGAGAGAGUCAUGGAUUUAUCAACAGAGCAAAUAAUGCUGACUAAUUCUGCAUAGAUACGAGGGGUGUGUUCUCCACCAGUUCUGUCUGGAGGCUCAAAACACCUGGUAACAUGGACUAACUAAAAUAUACUUCUAAUUUAUAAAAAAAAAGAUUUAAAAAUAAAAAAAGGAAAGCAAACAUAUGGUAAGAAUUAUAGAAAAUACAUAAAUAAAUUUGAGAAUUCUUGCCAUUGUACUCGUGUAGAGACAGGGCAAAACUUGUAAAAAAAAAUGAGGUAUUGUAUGUGGGUGGUAAUAGAAGAAUUAGUACAAUUAGAUUUUUGUAGAGGGGUAAUUCCACAGUAUUUGGGACAUAAAAUGCUAAAAAGUGAAAUGGCUUAAAAAAUAAUCUAAUCUAGCUUACUGAGUUGAAUAAAGACUAAAUGUCUCUAUUUUGCACUCUUUUGGUACUUUAUGCAUAAUAACAUAUCUUAAAUUAUCAUAGAUGUACCAUGUAAACGUUUUUUUGUGUCACGGAGGGGACAUAAGUUUUCAGCCAAAAUAAUCCAGCCUCUAAAAGCAAAUCUGAUAUUGACUGUAAGGACAAAAGAGUGUUUCUUGCCUAGGGUCAAUGUUAUGUCAGUUGAUGUGAAAUAAUGCUUUGUGGAGAAAGCAGCAUUUUGUCCAUAAUUAGUUUGUCCCCUCCGUGACAAAUCAGAUGUGACAUGUUUUAAUAAUUUACAGAAAAACUAUUGUAACUGCUCUAUUUUGUAAAAACUACUGAGGUGUAGGACAACAAAUUCAGAAAUAGUAAAAUUUGUUUGCAAAUGUU